GACACACCCAGAAGAAAACGUGGAGAUGCCGCCUCAGAAAAAAUAUCGUGUGUUGCAUCCCUUCCUGUUGGUGGUGGUGAUGGAGAUGGUCCCUCUUUACCCUUCACCAGUACCACUACUCACCUCACCACCGCCGUCAGGAAAAUAGUCUGCUGCACACAUCAUGAAAAAAAGGAAAGACCGAGAGAGCCUGAGUGAGAUGGAUCAUGCAUUUCUCCUCGGCUCACCUUGCUUUACCUGCGUCACUGUCCUCCACGCCUGUAAGAAAGCCCUACAAACCCUCAAAGGAACAAUCAGUUUAAUCGAGAUGAGUAAGCAACUGUUGAGUGGUCAUACGUACGAGGAACUAAAGGAAGAGGAGCUCAAGGCCUUGGAUUUGGAUCACUUCGACCAUGGUGUGGUUCGCAUUCAGCCUGAGGGUUGGUUGUAUCCUGGCACUGCACCUAUCUACCUUGACAAGCUCUAUAACAUGGAGUUUAGAAGCGACGACGUGAUUGUGAAGACCUUCCCCAAGUGUGGCACCACCUGGAUGCAGGAAAUUGUGUGGACCAUGCUACACAACCCUAACCUGGACAACCCCAAGGCGGACGAGUUUCUGUGGAUCCGUUCCGAAGAUAUAAGCCUUGACAUGAUGUUUGAUGUAGAAACAUUCAAGGGGCAGCCUCCAAAUUAUUACUUGAAAAAGUUCAACGAGACAUGUCCUGGUAAGAAGUGGGAGGAAGGCUUGUCUCUCCAGCUUGCAGAAGUGGCUAAGAGUCCUCGUGUCAUUAAGUCUCAUUUCCCUCUCAGUCUCUACCCUGAUGACAUCCUUGACAGGAUCAAGGUAGUCUACGUGACCAGAAAUCCUAAGGACAUGAUCGUCUCAUAUUCCUAUUUUUUUGAGGCACUAAAAGUCUUUCCAGUGGUUUCCUCCAUGGAAGAAACUCAGAAAAAACUGAUGACUGGACAAAUAUUGUACGGUCCAUAUUGGUCACACGUGAAGCAGGCGUGGCAGAAGAGGCACCACCCUAACCUGCACUUCGUGUUCUACGAGGACAUGAAGGCAGACAUCAUGUCGGAGCUGAGGAAGCUCAACGAGUUCUUAGGAACACAACUGAGUGAGGAGAAGCUUGAGGCCAUAGCGCAAUACACCUCCUUCUCAUCCAUGAAGGCGCGAGGUGAACCUCUACAAGACGAUGUUUUUCACAAAGAAAAUAAGAGCGAUGUUAAGUUUUUCCGUAAGGGCAAGACGGGAGACUGGAAGAACCACUUUACGCCAGAACUGCAGAAAAAGAUGGAUCAUUGGAUCAAAGAGAACAUCGCAGACACUGAUCUGAACCUGAAAUGGGCUCUGGCUGAAUGAACCAUACAUUGCGUCAACGUGGUGUUAUAGAAAAAUUAUAUGACAGGUGAAGACACAAGCUCUGUUAAACAUUUGGAGUGUCACUUUAAACCAUUUAAAACAGAUAAGAAAUGUUUCCAUUUAGACACUGUUCGAACACCAUGUUGAUUGCAUACCAGCUCAACUGCUCUGAUCUGUUAUCUAUCAACUUUCACACCCAGGCUAUUAGGCUGGGUAUACCUAUACAGUAUACAGGUAUACUGUAUAGGUAGCACUAUCCAAGCUCAUUAGGUUCAGAGAGAUGAGUAUUUAGGAUAGAUAAGAAGGAUAGAUUCCUACCUGCAAUUUCUUUCUCACUCAACCAUCAGACCACUGUAUAUGUAUAUAUAUAUAUAUAUAUAUAUAUAUAUAUAUAUAUAUAUAUAUAUAUAUAUAUAUAUAUAUAUAUAUAUAUAUAUAUAUAUAUAUAUAUAUAUAUAUAUAUAAUGUGAUCUAGAUAGGUAUUGAAAUCUAAGUCGAAGAGCUAGUCCUGUCAACGUAUAGAAAGAAAACCGAAAAUUUACAAUUCUUUGUUUUGUGUAGCAGCAUCUUUGAAUAUACCAUAAUCUGUCCUAACGUUUGAUUUUUAUUUUUUUUGGGGGGGGGCUGGGUUUUAACUUUUUAUUCAUUUAUUUAUUUAUUAUUUUUUGUUUAAGUAAAUGAAUGUGACGAAGGUGACUUCUCAUCAGCUGCAGUUACCAAAUAAGCGUUAUAAAUAAUUUCACACACCACACAAUCAAAUAACAAUCACACAAUCACACAUGUACUUUUUUUUUGUAGCUGACAACUAUUGUUCAAGUGCAAUAAUUUAUAUUCAGUUUAUAUUCCUAGUUUGUAACACGACAGUCAUUUGACUCCAAAUACUUUCAAAAUGUACGGCAAGACAACCAUUUUCCAUUCUUUUUGACCACAGAAAACGAGCAACUAGACGUUGUUUCCUGCUGCUUUUGCCUAACUGCCAACAAAAGCUGCCAAUAUUUUGACAGAAAUUUGCCAUGUGUGAUGCCGCCUUUACUGUUUCUGUUUUAGAAUGCUUAUUUUAUUUGCCUUAUCAGUCUAAUAGUAAUAUAUAUUUUUGAGAAAUUUGUUAUAUAUAUAUAUAUAUAUAUAUAUAUAUAUAUAUAUAUAUAUAUAUAUAUAUAUAUAUAUAUAUAUAUAUAUAUAUAUAUAUAUAUAUAUAUAUAUAUAUAUAUAUAUAUAUAUAUAUAUAUAUAUAUAUAUAUAUAACUGAUAAAUUAACCACUUACUAUUUUCUCUUUUUUAGUGCAAAAGUGAGCCCUCACGUUAAAAUCACGUUCACUCUUUAUCCCCUAUGAAGGUCUAUGAUUUAUGAAGACCCUUAGGCUUUAAAACCAAUGCUUUAAUAUUCUUCUUAAUCAUGUUGUACAAAUAUUUUAUCUUUGUAUAUUUGUGAGACCGUCCAAAAGCGAACUGAUAAAUAAAUAAUAGUGUAGGUACCUGUGAAAGGCAGCCGAGUUGCUGUUCUUAAAAGUAAUCAUAGUGAAAGAAUUCUAGAUGGGUUAUCAAAUUCGCUUGCUAAGGCACAAUUUAAAUGGCCAUGAGCACUCAAGGUUACUUCGGGUUUUAUGAGUAAAUAAAGGACUGAAUCUAAUGACCUGAUUAUAAGAUCAAUGCGUGAGUGUAGACUGUGUGGGAGACGGACGGCUAGCAGCUUUCCUCACACCCACACUGAAUCUCAGUUCCUGUUGGUGUGCCCUGUGUUCCCAUAUGUUGUUUUAUACCAGCGGUGACCAAAUAUGUUGCGGUGAAAUGGUAUUUUCUUUGAUACUUUACAAUUCCAAUUGUACUAGAAAACAUCGUUGAGACAUUUCAAUCCUUCCUACCCUUUAACACACCUACAUGAACCAUGAGAAGACAAAGAGACUUUACUUGUGUCUUAUUAUUCUUCUUUUAAUGGAACUCAAAUUAUAGAGAUCAGAAUUAAUGUAUGAAGGGAAUGUUAGAAUGAGGAUUGUCAAGAACUUCUGCAUUAUUAAGGAAGAUAUAAUAAAGAUAGAAAAAGUAGGAAAUUUUGAUAACUGGAUCUUCUCCAGUGAGGAAGCACAGAAAUGAUAAGUAAAAGGAUCAACCCCACAUCCUCCUCAUGUGGGCGAGGCUGUUCAGUGCAUGUGGAACAAGUAAGAGUCAACUUUCCUUUUUGUAGAAUUGGCUCUUGCCAAGUCAACAACAAAAGGAGGGUGAUAAAGGCCUACUAAAAGAGCCAGUCCUCCAGAAUUGCACUCUCAAGGAUUAUCUAUUGGAAAAAAGGAACUCAGGACAGAACCAUUCGCCCUGCUCGUGGGUGGGUAGACUCUGUAUCAAUCUGCGUGGCCAAGGUGAGCAGUUCAAGACCUCGCCCGUCCUCACUCGGCGCCAAGUCACUCAAAAAGAGAGAAGUGCCCUGCAGCAGCUCCAAGAUCCAGAUAUGGAGAGAGGCAGCGCAGUGCAGAGGUAAGCUCGGAGCUCUGACCAGCGAAGCUGCCCUUCAUCGAAGCAGAGCUAGAUGGGUAAGCACACCAGGGAAAUGUCUUGGGUGAGUUAUUUUAAUGAUAAAUUCAGUCUCGUAGCUUUUAUCGAGGAUCUAUACCAGUCGUCGGGCGACCACGUGGUCGCCUGUUCUUCGUCAAGUGUUUUAGCUGGGAUAAUUCAGUGUGUGGUGGCUAUUAAUUCCGUGCUCUUGAAACGUAACAGAGCGGCGCGCUCUCCUUAAUCUAACUCCGUGCUCUCUCUUUCACUGCCCACGUGGGCACGUCGUGGUUUCUUCAAGGAACAGGUAUCACUCUGUGUCGUUCACUGUGUCACAUGCAUUAGUGUUAGCUAGCCUGGCCUUCCUUAAUAUACUGUUUGUAAAUAUACCUCAGCCAAAAGAAA